UAUUUUAGAUCCUUAGUACGUCCCUACCGAAAUAAAGGAAAAGAUUUAUGGUUAGGUUGGGUAGGGAAGUCCAAAGGAUACUAGAUAGUACUAACCCAAUACAAAUAUUUAACGAACGACUGCAUGAGUAACGUUAGCUACCAGAUAUUAAGUGCUAGAUACAUUCUAAUAUGAAAUGUUAUCCAUGACUUACGUUUGAUUACCUACAAAGCAACAUAUUUUUGUUUCGCACAUUUUGAAGAGGUGAUCACUUACAGGUGACUGCUUGACUAAGAAUAGGGGCAUACUGCCUCUGUAUACAGUCGACCAUGGCGUCAUUGGGUGGAAGCAGUUCCUCUUCUACAGAGUACAUAGUCCGGGUCCCCAAGAACACCAGUAAGAAGUACAGCAUCAUGGCCUUUAACUCUGGGGACAAAGUAAACUGCUCCUCCUGGACCCAGGCUCGUAUGGAGCGGGACAUGAGUAACAGGAGGAUGUAUGGUGUGGAGGAGACUGAGGAGGGGGCGGCAGGCAGUGAGUUUGGGAAGAAGCAGAGGGAGGAGGCACGCAGGAAGAAGUUUGGAAUCGUUACCAGGGAGUUCAAGGUGGAGGACCAACCCUGGAUCCUCAAGGUCAACGGCAAGGCAGGGAAGAGGUUCAAGGGUACGAAGAAAGGGGGCAUAACGGAGAAUGCGUCCUACUACAUCUUUACCCAGUGUCCUGACGGGGCCUUUGAGGCCUUCCCCGUCAACGGUUGGUACAACUUCGUGCCCCAGGCCAAACACCGCACGCUGACCGCCGAGGAGGCAGAGGAGGAGUGGGGCAGGAGGAACAAGGUGGUGAACCACUUCAGCAUCAUGCUCCAGAGGCGCCUGCGGGAGCAGGAGAGAGGGCCGGACGAUGACGACGAGGAGGGCGAGAAGGGGGGGAAGAAGAAAAAGAAGAAGGGAGGAAGAGGAGGGGACCUGCGCAUCCAUGACCUGGAGGAUGACCUGGAGCUGAGCAGUGAUGAGAGCGACAGCAGUGGAGGAGAAGAUGGAGACAGCAAGCCCAAGAAGAAAGAGGGGGAUGUGAAGGGGAAGGGGAAGAAGAAGAAGAAGAAGAGGGGCAGUGACAGCGAGGCUAAUGAGGACAGUGACGAUGGAGACUUUGAGGGCCUGGAAGUCGACUACAUGUCAGAUGAGAGCAGUUCAGAGGAAGAGGUCGGCGAAGAGAAGGCCAAGUCCAAUAAAGAGGCCGUUCCCAAAGGAAUCGACGAGGCAUCGGAGAGUGAGGAAGAGAGCGAGGAGGAGAAACAGAACGAGGAAGAGGGGAAAGAGGAGGAGGAGGAAGAGGAAGGGAAGAAGACCCCAGUCCAGACAAAGAAGAAGAGAGACAGCAGCGGUGAGUCGGACACUUCGGAGGACAGCGACAUCGAUGGAGAGGCAGCCUCCGCUCUCUUCAUGAAGAAGCGUACUCCUCCUAAGCGCGGUGGUGGGCGUGGCUCUGGAGGCAGCUCCAGGACUGGCAGUCGCCCUGGAACACCGUCCAUAGACUCCGCCUCCACCUCCAACACACUCCGAGCCGCCGCUAGCAAACUGGAGCAAGGUAAGAGACAGGUGGUGGGUGGAAGCUCUGAGUCUCCAGCUGCCAAGAGGCUGAAGAUGGAGUCCAGCAGUACGGCUGUCACCACCCAGAGUCCUGUCCCCUCAGGGAAGAGCACGCCACAGCCCCCCUCAGGCAAAUCAACCCCCAGUUCCAGUGACGUUCAGCUGACGGAGGAGGCGGUGCGUCGCUACCUGAUCCGGAAGCCCAUGACCACCAAGGACCUUCUGAAGAAGUUCCAGACCAAGAGGACUGGCCUGAGCAGCGAGCAGACGGUCAACGUCCUGGCCCAGAUCCUCAAACGCCUCAACCCCGAGAGGAAGAACGUCAACGACAAGAUGCACUUCUACCUCACAGAGUAAACCGGGCUCGUGUUCAUUAGGGCAUGCGUUUUAAAAUGGAGACUGAGUCCAAGUUCCUCUUUCAGUCCCUUUGGUGCCUAAUGAACACGACCUAGGGAGGGAGGAGGAGAUGAAUAGGAGAGGAAGAGCAUGAGAGCAACGUCCUCAUUGAUUGAUCAGUGGAAGGAGGAGAAGGAUAGAACAGGGUCCUUGGAAGAGAGUGGAAUAAGGUAGAAAGAAAAGUGUUACGCAACUGUGAUUUGAGAUGCGGUGUGUAAACUAGCCUCAAUGUCUGUCUCUAGAAAUGGUUUGAAGUCAACUGUACCUGUGGCAGUCCUUUCAGGUCAAACAACUUACUCUUACAAAAUGUAGGUUUAUCAAUGAAUUACGCAGAUGUGAAGGUAUCAACGAAAACAUUCCGUGUAGAUCUUGCCUGCUGACUCAUCUCCCACCACAACCCACUGGAUUCAACAAGACAAGUGUGGGUUAUUUUGUACGAUUUGCCGUAUCUCCCCAGGCCUCUUUCUCAUUUUAGAAGUAUUUUUUGUUUUAUUUUAAUUUGUAAUAAAACCCUGCUGUUGCCGUG